ACGGAGACGCAACACAAACGGAUCUACCCGCCGCUCUUCCCCACUACACCGCGGCAUAUACCAAUCCUACACACUUCCCCUUCUUCCUUCCUCUUCCACCUCCAGAUCGCCCUCCUCCUCCUCCUCCUCCCCCCCGCGCGCCAAUGGCGACGGCGCUGGCGAGCCGCGUCGAGUCGUGGGCGCGGGACCAGGCGGCGCGGCUGCCCCGCUGGGCGCGGCCGCCGCCCUGGCCCUCGUCCUGGUCCUGGUCAUGGCCCCCGCCGCCCCGGGCGCCCGCGUGGCCCGGGGACCGCCGCCGCCAGCGGGAGCGCAUGUUCCGCGAGGAGUUCGAGCGCCGCCGCCGCCAGCUCCGCGAGCUCUGCCGCGCCGUCCGCGUCGACACCGUCGCCGAGCUCCAGGAGCUGCUCUGCGCUGUCGUCCUCGCCGAGUGCGUCUACAAGAGACCUGUUUCUGAGAUGAUGAGAUAUAUCAAUAAGUUCAAAUCUGAUUUUGGUGGAAACAUUGUGUCUCUUGAGCGUGUUCAGCCAUCCUUGGAUCAUGUACCGCAUAGGUACCUGUUAGCAGAGACUGGUGACACUCUAUUUGCUACGUUUAUCGGUACAAAACAAUACAAAGAUAUUAUUGCUGACGUGAAUAUACUCCAAGGAACCGUAUUUCAUGAGGAUACUGCACAUGAUUUAUCUGAUGCUGUUAAGUGUGUGCAAAAUGAUGACCAGAUGGGUGAAGAAAACCUUGGGACAUCUUAUCGAGAAAAAUCAAAACAGUUGAGAAAAUCAAAACCUGCUGCACACCGGGGUUUCUUAGCACGUGCCAAGGGAAUUCCUGCUCUGGAGCUAUACAAACUUGCUCAGAAGAAGAACAGGAAACUUGUUCUGUGCGGACAUUCGCUUGGUGGAGCGGUAGCUGCUUUGGCUACCCUCGCAAUAUUAAGAGUACUUGCAUCCUCAUCUCCAUCUAAAGAGCCUAACAGGCUUCAGGUGAAGUGUAUCACAUUUUCUCAGCCUCCAGUUGGGAAUGCUGCACUGAGAGACUACGUUCAUCGAAGAGGAUGGCAGGACUACUUCAAAUCCUACUGUAUUCCAGAGGAUUUGGUGCCGCGUAUUUUAUCACCUGCAUACUUUCACCACUAUAAUGCCCAAAUACCUGAAGCAUCUAUUGUAAAUAACACAAAUGUAAAGUCUGAUGAAAAAAAGGAGACAACGUCUGUAAGGCCAAAAGAGAACAAUGGGGAGCAACUUGUUCUAGGUGUUGGUCCUGUUCAAAAGUCUCUCUGGAGACUUUCAAAGCUUGUUCCCUUGGAAGGAGUGCGGAAAAGUUUAAGUGCACUUCAGAAACAAACAAAUAUUUUUGGAAAGGCACCAUCACAGUUGGAUAGUUUUUUGCAAUCAAAGGUUGAUGAAUCAGAGGAUGGGCUGCAAUGUCUUGAGAUUCAAGAAGGUUCAGACGGAAUUGCUCUUACACCUUUAUCUGAUAAAGAUGGAGCACUCACUGAAGAAAACAACAGGACUGAUAAAACUAAUGUGUCUGAUGUUGGGGGUUCUAAACGGUGGAAUAGAGUACCUUCUUUGCCUUCAUAUGUUCCAUUUGGUGAGCUAUACUUGUUGGGUGAUUCAUCAGUCAAUGCACUUUCAGAUUCAGAGUACUCCAAGAUGACAUCGGUGCAGUCAGUUAUAACAGAAUUAAGAGAGCGUUUGCAAUCACACUCAAUGAAGUCCUAUAGGGCCCGCUUCCAGAAAAUAUAUGACAUGUGCAUGUGUGCAAAUGCCCCGCUUUUUACGGGCAUUGAGCAAUUACCACAAUUUUCACAUCUGCAAGAACUACUUGGUUUAACAGCCGCUGAUUCCAUUGAACUUGGCCAUAUUGUGGAGCCCCCUACUAUUCGAACUGCCACUUCCAUUCUUCCUCUUGGAUGGAAUGGCUGCCCUGGUGGUAAAAGUGCUGAACCUCUGAAAGUGGAUAUAAUCGGGCAUGGCCUGCACUUGUGCACUCUUUUCCAGGCUCAGAUAAAUGGAAACUGGUAUUCAACAGUCAUUGAAACUCUACCAAUAGCUUCAUAUUCAUCAGAUCAGGAAGUGCAACCUACACUGCAGAAAAUGCGGAUUCUAGUUGGCCAUCCACUAAAGCAGCCUCCAAAUUAUACCAGUGAAGAUUUUAUGGUUCCUGUGGUCACGGGUGCAGAGAAUCCAGAUUAUGGAUUUGACUUAUUAUUUGAAGAUAAAGAUUGUUGCAAGGGUUUGAAUGAAUUUCUUAUAUACGGUACGAGUGAUUUUGUAACUAUAUGUAAAGAAGUCUAUGUGAGGACCAGGAGGGUCCGAUUGCUUGGACUAGAGGGGGCAGGUAAAACUUCCUUGCUGAAAGCAUUGUUAGGACAAUUUAAGGAAAGAAGCAAAGCAGUUCUUGAGUGCAUACAUGUAGAUUUGCAUGGAAAGGGUGUAUCAAAUGGAUUGUGCUACGUUGACUCGACAACAGUGAACUUGCAGGAGCUACCCUUAGAAGUUGCACAAUUCAAAGAAGAACUGCAGUUAGGGACACAUGAUCUCAGCAAGAAGACUGACUUAAUUAUUGUUGUGCAUAACCUUGCUCAUCGAAUUCCUCAGUAUCACCAGUCCAACGCUUCUCGGCCUCAGCCAGCUCUUUCACUUCUCUUGGAUGAAGCCAAGGCUCUUGGCAUUCCAUGGAUUCUUGCAAUAACUAAUAAAUUCUCUGUCAGUGCACAUGAACAGAAUGCAUUGAUCAGUUCAGCAAUGGAAGCCUACCAAGCCUCUCCUGACAUGACUAAAGUUGUUAACUCUUCCCCAUUUCUGAUGCCAAGUGCUACAAAUAGUGUGCGCCCCAUCAGCUCAGCUAGUGGCAGUCUGAGGAAUGAGGAUCCUUCUGGCAGAACUGCUUUUUGUCCAGUAAACUUUGCACUCUCGCCAUUUCAGAGGAAGGACAUUGUUAUGCAUGUUGAGGGUGUGACUGCUCUUCGUCAACUCGUACAUGGAGUAAUUCGCAGUAAUGAAGAACCAGCAUUUGAGGAACUUGCUCGUGAGAGAUUGUCUCUGGAGCUGGAGAGAGAGAAAGCAGCAUCUCUGCAAGCGCAACAGAAGCCCCAGAAGAGAGAUGGCUCUGUUACAGCUGCUGCCGUAGGAGCAUCACUUGGUGCCGGACUGGGGAUCGUAAUGGCUGUAAUAAUGGGAGCCGGAUCAGCACUCCGGAAGCCAUGACUAAGUUUUCUCUCCACCUAUUUAUAUUAGCGUAUAGUAAUUCCCAUGUUAAGUAUAAUUGAAGAUUGCCUGGAAGAAGGCAUUAGUGUAGACCCCAGAAAAGAAAGUUAGUGCAACAUAGUUAGUUCAUAGCAUAUUGCCACAUUUUGGCAGUGUAUAGAAUAGGUUAGCGAUGCAUCUUUGCUUAAGAUGCCGCUGUUAAGUACAGUAUUUGAUCUACCAUCUUGUUCAGGGUCGCUAGUCAGAGAAGCCGGGUUUAUGUUCAUUUGUAAUUCAUUAUUGAUUCUGAGGUUUCCUAUAUUGUCCUAGUACGUGUAAAUGUUGUGGCGCGUGAACUCGCUCAAUUCGGGUCUCUGCUCGGUCAUUCUGCUUGUCAUAUGGCUGAGCUUUUUCGGAUUGUGUAAAGUUGGUUGUGUAAUGGAAUAUGGCUGACAAGUUACAUCCAGUCUUGUGCAGCUUAAAAGGACUGGAGAUUGGAGAAGAGAAUGUUCAGAUGAGCUGAAGUGAUGAUCUGAUGGGGAACAAGAACAUUGUGGGCACAUUUUACAUCCGGGAGAGUUAAGGCGACGGAAAUAUUAAAAACAGUAGUAGUACUGCAUUGGUUCCUUUCGAUGCUAUAGUGACAACCAAUUUUUAACAUCUGCCAUAUCUGUUCGAGGCACGGAUACAUAGUAUGUGAUCUCAUAUUGGGAUGUAUCUUGGUUCCAUCACUUCAUUUCUGUUGGUCAUUCUUUUCCUUGUAUAGUUGAUCAUUUUUUUCCUUGUAUAGUGUAUUGCAAGUCCCAGUCCCACAACUAUAGGGAGGGCUAGUUCAAUUUUCUUUGCUCAGCCGUACGAUUCGAUACAACGACGUGGCACUAAAAGGAAAAUAAUAUAAAAUAAAAUAUGCAUGUCAAUUCUUUCCUCUCCACUUUGGUGCAGAU